GGAUCACUCUGCAACCAUGAGGUGUCUCGUCUUCGUUCUGCUCGUCGGAGCUGCCUUUGCCCUGGAUGACGACAAGAUCGUCGGAGGCUAUGAGUGCCGGGCCCACUCCCAGCCCCAUCAGGUGUCUCUGAACUCUGGCUACCACUUCUGUGGUGGCUCCCUGGUCAACGAGAACUGGGUUGUGUCUGCUGCUCACUGCUACAAGUCCCGUGUUCAGGUUCGUCUUGGAGAGCAUGACAUCUACCUCAACGAGGGCACUGAGCAGUUCAUCGACUCCUCCCGUGUCAUCCGCCACCCCAACUACAACUCCUGGAACAUCGACAAUGACAUCAUGCUGAUCAAGCUGAGCAGGCCCGCCACCCUCAACUCAUAUGUGCAGCCUGUGGCUCUGCCCACCAGCUGUGCUCCCGCUGGCACCAUGUGCAGAGUCUCUGGCUGGGGCAACACCAUGAGCUCUGUUAGCGGCGACCAGCUGCAGUGCCUGGAGAUCCCCAUCCUGUCUACCAGGGACUGUGAGAACUCCUACCCUGGCAUGAUCACUGAUGCCAUGUUCUGCGCUGGAUACCUGGAGGGAGGCAAGGACUCUUGCCAGGGUGACUCUGGUGGCCCCGUUGUGUGCAACAGUCAGCUGCAGGGUGUUGUGUCCUGGGGCUAUGGAUGUGCUGAGAGGGACCACCCUGGUGUCUACGCCAAGGUCUGCAUCUUCACCGACUGGCUGCAGACCACCAUGGCCAGCUAUGUGUCUUCUGAUCAAUCACUUGACACCAUGAGACUGCUGGCUCUGCUGCUGAUGAUCGGAGCUGCUGCGGCAGUUCCCCGCUAUGAUGGCAAGAUCAUUGGCGGGUACGAGUGUUCGCCUCACACUCGUCCAUACAUGGCCUCCCUCAACUACGGUUACCACUUCUGUGGUGGGGUGCUCAUCAACGAGCAGUGGGUGCUCUCCGUUGCCCACUGUUGGUACAACCCCUAUGCCAUGCAGAUCAUCCUGGGAGACCACGAUCUGCGAGUGUACGAGGGUACCGAGCAGCUCCUGAAGACCGAAAACAUCAUCUGGCAUCCUCAGUAUGACUACCAGACUCUGGACUACGACAUAAUGCUGAUCAAGCUCUACCACCCAGUGGAGGUGACCGAUGCAGUCGCACCAAUCCCCUUGCCCACAGGUUGCCCAAUGGGCGGGCUCCCCUGCUCUGUGUCUGGCUGGGGUAACACCGCCCCUGAUGGCGAGGAUCCGUACAUGCCCGUCAAACUGCAGUGUUUGGACGCACCUGCAAUAGACGACGCUGCCUGUGAGAAAGCCUAUCCUGGCAUGAUCACACGCAGGAUGUUCUGUGCCGGACACUUGGAUGGAGGCAAAGAUGCGUGCAAUGGUGACUCUGGAAGCCCCCUGGUGUGUCUUGGAGAGGUCUACGGCUUGGUGUCAUGGGGUCAGGGAUGCGCCCAGCCGAACUAUCCAGGAGUCUACGUCAAAGUGUGCGAGUUCCUUUACUGGAUACAAGACGUCUUUGCAGCCAACCCUUGAAGAAAUUAAUUUUCCAUUUCUUCACUCUGCCCCCCAACAUGUUCCCCUCUCUAUUCUCUGCCCUAAAUGACAACUCAUUCCUGUUUUCUCUUACAGCCCUAACAGCUACUAUUUCUCUGGUGCCUUGUCUCCUUUGACGUUUCCCCUCUCAGGCUCAACACACCAAAAUGUAGAAAACGAAAUAAAACUUGGUAUAUAUUCACUUUU